GUAUGACGUCAUUAGGCUGCGUCGCUUCCGCGCUGCAGUUUAACUGGAGGAAGGAUAAAGUGUCCAAACGCAGUGAAAAGCUCCUGCUGAAACAACUGAUCUCCACACUGUUUUAAAGAUGGCGUUUAUUAAAGAGGAGAGUGAAGAUGUGAAGAUUGAAGAAACAUUCACAGUCAAACAGGAAGAUCUGCAGGAACAAACAGACCUAAUUGAAGAGAAUGAGGGGAGUAAAGAGGAGGAACAUCAUGUCAAAAUUGAGGAAAAAACUCAUUUACAGACUGAUGAUAUUUUGAAAAGGGGAGACAAAAAUAGUUUCACCUGCACUCAGUGUGGAAAGAGUUUUGGAAGAAAAGGCUAUCUUAAGAUUCACAUGAUGAUCCACACUAGAGAGAAACCAUUCACAUGCACUCAUUGUGGGAGGAGUUUUGGAAGAAAUUUCGGUCUUAAGAUUCACAUGAUGAUCCACACUGGAGAGAAACCAUUCACAUGCACACAUUGUGGGAAGAGUUUUAGCCAAUCAUCACACCUUAAUCAACACAUGAGGAUCCACACUAGAGAGAAACCAUUCACAUGCACUCAGUGUGGGAAGAGUUUCAGCCGAUCAUCACACCUUAAUGAACACAUGAUGAUUCAUAGCAGAAAGAAACCAUUCACAUGCACUCAGUGUGGGAAGAGUUUUGGAAGAAAUUUCGGUCUUAAGAUUCACAUGAGGAUCCACACUGGAGAGAACCCAUUCACAUGCACGCAUUGUGGGAAGAGAUUUAGCCAAUCAUCAUCCCUUAAUCAACACAUGAGGAUCCACACUGGAGAGAAACCAUUCACAUGCAUUCAGUGUGGGAAGAGUUUCAAACAAUCAUCAUCCCUUUAUAAUCACAAGAAGAUCCACACUAGAGAGAAACCCUUUACGCACCCAGUGUGGAAAGACCUAUAACUAUUCAUCACACCUUAAUGAACAUAUGAGGAUUCACACUAGAGAGAAACCAUUCACUUGCACUCAGUGAGGGAAGAGUUUCAUCCGCUCAUCAUCCCUUUAUCUACACAUUAUGAGCCACACUUGAAAGAAACUUGCACUUAAGCCGCGGUCACAUUGGACUUUUCUCCCCAUGGAUUUCCAUUCAUAAGCACGGGAAUGCGUCAGACCGGAAACCAAGUUUGUGCAUCAAGUUUCGCAGUUCACUGCAUUGCAAAGUUCAAGCUUGGUGAACUCUGACCUGCAAAAUCGCAUCACUUGACUG